UUGUUAAGUUUUCGCGUGAUUUGCGGGCGGCUUUCGGAAAGCCGUGUUUCCCUGGAAUGGAACCAGCUGACGCUUCCCUGCUGAACUUUCUAAGCAGCACGGCGGCUUGUUUCUGACCAGUUAAGAAAAAAAACAGCGUCCGAGCUGCUUUUGUUCGGAGCGAGUUGACAGGCGUGUUAUUCAAUGUGUUAUUCUAUAUGCUGAUCUGACUCCAAACCAAGACCAAGUCCUGCACCCCACCUUGAUCCCCACAGGGGGUUCGGUGAUGCGCUGGUAGAGGCCGGUGCUGUCACCGCAUUGACGGCCACGUUUGGACGGGUCAUUUCCGAGGUACAUGUCAGGCAGACAGCUGGACGGAGCUCGCUCCAGACUGAUGGGGGAGCCGAGGUCCGCAAUGCUGGAGCAUCGGAUGUCUGCUUUGCAGCUGGAUGGUCACUCGAACCUCGGAGGCUCUCUGGAGGACCUUCCACACCCGGCAGAUGCCCGGGACGAGCUGGGUCGGAGGGGAGUGGUGCUUAGCACCCAGAGCAAGGCGGCUCAGAAAACUGGGAAAGAGCAGAUCAUCCCGCGAAACCUGGCAGUAUCCAGUCGUCCCAAGGCUCGCCACCACACUACCGUAGUCACCCUCCCUGCUUCUCUCGGUGGACAGAAGGACAAGCGACCGUCAGCCCCUGGCCUGCAGCUGUCCUGGGAGGACUGCGACAGCGAGGGCGAUGGUGGUUCGCUGAACCGGAACCGCAGAAACAAGUCAUACCGGGCCGCCGUGGACUUUCUUACCGGUGGACAGACGCCCGCUGACCUGGAUGCCCUCGCCCUGAACCCCGCCAGCAAGGAGCCGACACGGCGUGGGCCGCAACGCAGCAAGAGGACCAUUGGAUGGAAAAGGAACCAGAAAAUCAGGAGUUCUUUCAAAGAUGAGCCCCGGCUGUACCAGGAGAUCCGAGAACGAGGCCUGACCUCCAACAAUCAGAGUGCUGAUGACGAGUUGCUUGAUGAUACGCAGGCUGAGCCACCAGAACCAGACCGUAGCAUCGUGGUCCAGAGCUACAGGCCUGCCUAUAUUACCUGGGGCCAACUGCCACAGGUGAAAGAAACCGGUAUUCUCCUGAAUAUAUCGGCAUCAGAGAGGAAGCGACAGGAGGCCAUAUUUGAAAUCAUCACAUCCGAAUACUCAUACCUGCACAGUCUGAACAUCCUGGUACGUCACUUCAGGGCCAGCAAGGAGCUGCAUGACACCAUGACAGCGACAGAGCAUCACCAUCUCUUUUCGAACAUCUUAGACAUCCAGGCUGCAAGUCACCGGUUUUUUGAUGACCUGGAGAGACGGCACCGCGAAAACCCUUUGAUCCGUGACAUCAGCGACAUCAUACACGACCACGCGGCAAACCACUUCCAGCCGUACAUCAACUACUGUGCCAAUGAAACUUUCCAGCAGAGGGCGCUCCAGAAGCUGCUGUCCUCCAGUGGCCCUUUUAAGGAGGUGCUGAAGCAGAUCGAGAUGAAGCCAGAAUGUGGAGGACUUCCCAUGCUCUCCUUCCUCAUCCUGCCCAUGCAGAGGGUGACCAGGCUCCCGCUGCUCAUGGACACCAUCUGGCAGAAAACGGCCAAGGACACGGCUGAGUACUUUGCUGCAGAAUGGGCAUUGAAGGCCAUCAGCAAGCUGGUAAAGAAAUGCAACGACGGGGCUCGGACUAUGGAGAGGACUGAGCAGAUGUACACGAUCCAGCGCCAGCUUGACUUUGGCAAGAUCAAGCCCUUUCCACUCAUCUCCGUGUCCCGCUGGCUGCUGAAGCGGGGCGAGGUGGCCACGUGUUCUGAGGACGUCAGCAUCUGGAAAGCCUUCAGUACAAAGAGCUACUACCUCUUCCUGUUCAAUGAUGUGCUUAUUAUCACCAAGAAGAAGAGUGAGGAGACCUAUGUGGUGAUGGACUAUGCUAUGCUGGAGAACCUGGAGGUGGAAGCGGCACAGUGGGAAGGACAGAGCUCACCUUCGCUGAAGCAGGGCGGCUCCAGCCCCUACCCCCUCAGGAUCUUGAUGAAGAAGAACAGUGAGGGACGUGAGGAGCACAUGCCGUUAGCGGCGGAGUCUCAGCUGGAUCGUGAUCGAUGGGUGGCGGCUCUGCAACACAACAAAAACACAGACAGUGUGCCAAACAAAGAGGACCUGCCCCAGUAUGAGGUGACGAAGGCUUAUCUUCCCAGGGAGUCGGACGAGCUGGGACUGCAGCAGGCUGAGGUCGUCGUCGUGCUGCAGGGCCGAGGCGACUGGUACCGCGGUGAGAGAAUGCGCGAUGGGGAGCAAGGCUGGUUCCCAGCCAGCUGUGUCACAGCGAUCACCAACCGCGCAGCUGUGGCCAACAACUUGCGCCGAAUGGAGCGGCUGCGGAAGGAGACCAAUGUCUGAAGAGGGCGAGGAACACACAACCCCUCCCCCAUCCCUCCAGACUUUUGUCCUGGCACUGGUACAGCAUUACGCAACCGCAUGUUUUUAGCAUGCAAAACACACCUGUAGGCAUGAGACAUGAACAGACUGUUCUGAAUGUCCAGGAUGUUUUCAAAAUAACUCAGAGGGACAGUGCCGAGUGUCUAGGGCUGUUCCGAAUGCUUUAAACACUGCAGUAAGAGACAGGAAUACUGAGCAUGUACAUGUUAAAACGUCCAUCUUUUUAAAGCUCAGGGCCAAUGGGGUUGUUUUUAAUAAUUUUAAUGGUUAAACCUGGGUGCCUCCGUUGUAAAGGCCCUAAGUACAACAUGUGGCACUAGGGUGUCGGGACGGUGUCUACGGAAUGAACUCUUGCAAUAAAACAGUUAAACUUUG